UCGGCAGCUCUUCCUUUCCUGUCGGCCAUUAGUCGUAUACGAUCUGUAGGCGACCACCUGUAAACCUUUAAACAUGCAGAACGACGCUGGUGAAUUUGUGGACCUUUACGUCCCACGUAAAUGCUCUGCUAGCAACAGGAUCAUCGGAGCCAAGGACCAUGCCUCCAUCCAGAUCAACAUUGCUGAGGUCGAUAAGGUGACCGGUCGCUUCAACGGGCAGUUCAAGACCUACGCUAUCUGCGGCGCCAUCCGCAGAAUGGGUGAGUCUGAUGACUCCAUCCUGAGGCUGGCGAAGAAUGACAGCGUUGUUGCAAAGAACUUCUGAGUGUGACGCUGGAUCUGUGGAAACUUUGUCAAAUAAAAUGGGAAAAACACA